AUGACGGAGGCGGAGGCGUUGGAGAAGAAGCAGCACAAGUCCAGCAGCGGGGAUGUUCUUCCAGAAGGCACCAGAGAAGACGCGUUUGAUAACACAUACAAAGAGAAGGAGGGCCCCAAACCUCCCCGGAUCGUCGUAUGGAAAAAUGUCGUGCUAAUGACUCUGUUGCAUAUAGGAGCCUUGUACGGCAUGUUCCUCAUCCCUUCCGCAGCUCCUUUGACCUUGCUUUGGUCUGUAUUUUGUUUUUUGAUAAGUGCUUUAGGAAUUACAGCAGGAGCUCAUCGCCUGUGGAGUCACAGAUCAUACAAGGCUACAUUACCUCUAAGGAUCUUUCUCGGUCUUGCUAACUCCAUGGCAUUUCAGAAUGAUAUCUUUGAAUGGGCACGAGACCACAGGGUUCAUCACAAAUACUCAGAGACAGACGCUGACCCUCACAACGCCGUCCGGGGCUUCUUCUUUGCUCACGUUGGCUGGCUGUUGGUCCGCAAACACCCCGACGUCAUUGAGAAAGGACGCAAGCUGGAGCUCAAUGAUCUGCUGGCUGACAAAGUUGUAAUGUUUCAAAGGAAGUAUUACAAGCUGUCUGUGCUGCUGUUCUGCUUCUUCAUCCCAAUGUCUGUGCCUUGGUACCUGUGGGGAGAGUCUCUGUGGGUGGCAUACUUCGUCCCGGCUCUGCUGAGGUACACCUUGGUGCUGAACGCCACGUGGCUGGUGAACAGUGCCGCUCACAUGUGGGGAAACAGGCCCUACGACAAGAACAUCAACCCCAGGGAGAACAAGUUUGUCACUUUCAGCGCUAUAGGUGAGGGAUUCCACAACUAUCACCACACGUUCCCAUUCGACUAUGCAACCAGCGAGUUUGGCUGCAAGUUGAACCUUACUACUUGUUUCAUCGACUUCAUGUGCUUCUUGGGCCUGGCCAAAGAUCGCAAGAGAGUGUCCCACGAGCUGGUCAUGGCCCGAAUACAGCGCACUGGAGACGGAAGCCACCGCAGUGGCUAAGAUCGCCAAACUGUGGUCGGCUUCGAGGCGAAACAACCGAUAGGAAGAAGCUUCACAGUCCUUUGACAGCUAUACAUUUAUCAUCCUCUGAGGAUAAACGUCAGCUUCAUGAGGGCCUUGACCACAUUUUGCUUGUUUUUGUGGUUUUUGUAGCUGUACCUAAACAAAAUUUUCAAGAUGGGGAAAAAAAAAAACAAACAUGCUUUGCAAAACUCUUCACCUUAUUGUUCAGUCGGGCCAAGGGUUUGCAAAGAUGUUUUAAGAUUUGAAGUAGAUACAUUUUCAAAGUCGACUUCAUUCUCCGCUGUUUUGCCACUUUGGUGUGCAUUCUUCAUGCAAGGUCAGUCAUGUAGCCGAUCAUUUUUAUGUAAUUAUUACUCAAUUAUUACUCAGAAACGACAGGAAGUGGAGCACUGGAAUAUGGAUGUUUUAACUGGUUGAAGGUUUAAAUACCGAUUGGAGACUGUUGCCUUUAUUGCGUUUUACAGCGAGUUUUUAACAGUUCUCAUAUUUAAAUUAACUUUUUGAGUGCUGAAGAUUUGAAAAAAAAGGGAUGACGGUUUGAAAUGUCUUUGUUUAAAAAAAAAAAAUCUUGUGUCCUUAAAGAAAUAUAGCACAUGACGGAAGAAUAAGGGAACCCAGACCUUCUCCUUAAAACCUGAUCACACUGACAGCCCAGUACGCCAGAACUAUAUAUAACCCGCAGUGUGUUUCAGUGCGUAAUGUGGUUGUCUUGUGCAGAAAAACCACACCAAAUAUGUGGAAAAGUCAAAGCACUCGGAAGAAGAUUAGCAUGUACUAUAUUUAGCUUGUGCAAUAAUUGGCUGGAGUUUUCUCGUGACAAUAUAAGGGACACAUUUAACAUUGGACUAAAACUGCCAUUUAAUGCUAUUUUACUGAGAAAACUUGAAAGAUUUAAUUCAGCUUGUUGUGUGUUUAAUGAAUAUAUCAUAGUGCCAAGAACGUGCCAGCUUUCGACACGUUCAGCCAUCUCUAUGGUACACCAGAGCACACUUAAGUCGAUAUUGCUUCUUCACAUUACAAGAUUGUGGAAGUUUUUUAACAUUUGUGGCAUCAGUGGCAUCAGUGGCUUUUUUGCUUCCUAGCUUCUUAUCUGCCAUGUCCCUCAUUUUUUUGUUUUUUGUCCUGAAAACAUCUGCAGCAGAGAUCUCAUUGGUCAGUGUAGCAGCUGGUCAUGUGACAGUUCUGGUGUUACAAAACAACAUGCCACCCAUGCAUGGCGUAUACUGUAGUGAGGUGUUGUGUCGGUGACUGUAAUGGCAGAACUGCGUCUAUUUUUGUAACGUACCGUGGAGCUGCAGUGCUUUUUGGAUCAUCAGAACUGUUGCCGUGGUGAUUUCUGAGACGGGGUCUGGUUUCCCUUUGAUGUCCUACAGAGGUGAUUGUCAUUGCGAAAAUUUUAGGCGCAUCAAUGUUCAUGUUUAUCUUCAAUUCUGGUGUGUGGAAUGCUUAUAUUGUUUAUGUAUUUAUUUUAUUAUUGACUAGAAAAAAGAAAUUGCUCUAAAGUGAAACCAGAUAUUUCUGCAUUCCAAGAUUUGGCAGACGGUCUCGUAAAAAAUAUAUGUAAAAAUACCAAACUGGAGCACCUGUAUAUUUCUUCCCAAGAGUCAGGAUACAACCUAAUGCCUUAUGACUUGCAUCCAUUCCUUCGCAUCUUGUCAGCUAAGACAAAAAGGUUCAAGUAUCACAAAACGAAAUCUGACUUCUGAGUGUUUACAGAAUAAAGCACUGGGUUGGACUUUGUUUUUAUUCUGAAUCCACGUGUUUUAAUUUAGGCAAAUGGUAGCAUGACAACACAAGGUACUGUAAAUGCAAAUAGAAGAUGGAGUUCAAUCUGGAAAGAAUCCGAUACAAACAUAACAGCUGGUACAAAUGUUCACUCGCGAGAUUUCACUUGCAAAAUAUGGGCCCCGACGGAUCAUCUUGGUCCGUCGCGGUGUCUUGGUAUGAAAACUUCCAAACAAUAAGGUGCUGUCAUGAGGAAUGUUAGAACAUUAUCAGAGCACUUGCCAAACCCGACGAUAAUCACAAGCCAUGCAAACAACUGCUGUCCACAGCACCAAAAUCUGCAUUUUCCUAACAACAAUGAGGAGGAUCAAAAAGAUUUUCAGUCUGACCAUGUCGAAACUCAACUGUAUUCUAUUCUGAAAUAAAAUUCACAAUAUUUUCAAUACACUCGUAA